AUGAAGCUCACCUCCGCCAUCGUUGCCGUCGUCGCCCUCGUCGCCGCCACUGGCCAAGUUGAGGCGAGGAACUGCAAGAAGGGUACCGUAUACUGCGGCAAGACGUUGAGGAGCAUUGCCACCGGAAGAAACUACGACCCGGUGAUGGCUGCGACAGGCCACACGGACAACAACGACCUGUUUGACUGCACGGACGAUGAUGGCAACAUCCGCUUUGUGAUGCACUGCAACAACGGAUGUGUUGACUCAAACGCCUGGACUAACGAUUGGUGCAAGUGA